CAGUACAUCAUGAAGAUUGACUUUGUUUUUGCCCUCUUGAAGUUCACGUGCUUUAUGAAUUCACUCUCUCUUCUAUCUCACUGUCAUCUCCGUCAAUAUUGUCAUCAUCUCUAGAAAAAAGGAAUUUUAGGCUUGGGCCUUGGCUCUCCCUUUCCUUUCUCCUGGAACACCAGUGUCACCUUUGUGUUCUACCAAAACAAAUCACUGUAGGUUAUUUUGCCCUUCAGAGAAGUACAGCAUCUGGAGAAGUCAUUUCAUGUACCCUGUACUUCUGAGAUAAAAACCUCUGGUUCCCAAAGGAUAAUAGAGAUCUUUCCUUGGGAGGAAGCUCUUCCUCUUGGUCACGUGCACUUGCAAUCUCACUUUCCACUUACUCUCCUGCUCUCUGUCACUCUCUGCUCUUCUCUUCCUUUUGGAUUUAAUAUUUGGUGUUGACUGCUGGGGCCCUCCUCCCAGUAGUGUGGCUUCUUUUGUUCUCCUAGGGAAGAGCAGAUUCUUGAAACAAUGGGCUUCACUCUGCAUUCUAUCUACUUCACCUGGAAGGUGAGUUUGCUGCUGGGCUCCUUGCUGGGUCUCUGUUUGGGUCUGGAGUUCCUGGGCAUUCCCAAUCAGUGGGCCCGCUACCUCCGCUGGGACGCCAGCACUCGGAGCGAACUCAGCUUCCAGUUCAAGACCAAUGUCUCUGCUGGGCUGCUUCUCUAUUUUGACGAUGGCGGCGUGUGUGACUUCCUCUGCCUGUCCCUGGUUGACGGGCGCAUCCAGCUGCGGUUCAGCGUGGACUGUGCGGAGACCACAGUGACCACAGACAAGCGGGUGAACGACAGCAGCUGGCACUUCGUGAUGGUGAGCCGCAGCCAGCUGCGGACGGUGCUGGUGCUGGACGGCGAGGCCAAGCCGGGCGAGGUGCGCCCGCAGCGCCAGCACAUGAACAUCGUCAGCGACCUGUUCCUUGGCGGAGUCCCGCUGGACAUCCGGCCCGCUGCCCUGACUCUCGAUGGUGUUCUGAGCGAGCCUCCCUUCCAAGGAUUUAUCCUGGACCUGAAAUACGGCAAUUCUGAGCCGCAGCUGCUGGGCAGUCAAGGGGUCCGGCUGGAAAUGGAAGGACUUUGCUCAGAAAACCCCUGUGAAAAUGGUGGCACUUGCUUCCUUCUGGAUGGUGAGCCACACUGUGACUGCUCAGCCACUGGAUAUGUUGGCACGCUGUGUUCUGAAGAUGUCAACCAUAUUCCAGGCCUCUCACACCUGAUGAUGAGUGAACAAGGUAGAAGUAAAGCGCGAGACGAGAACAUGGCCACUUUCCGUGGCUCCGAGUACCUGUGCUAUGACCUGUCGCAGAACCCCAUCCAGAGCAGCAGCGAUGAGAUCACGCUCUCCUUCAAGACGUGGCAGCGCAACGGGCUCAUUCUGCACACCGGCAAGUCCGCCGACUACGUCAACCUGGCCCUGAAGGACGGCGCUGUCUCCUUGGUCAUUAACCUGGGGUCUGGGGCCUUUGAGGCCAUUGUGGAGCCGGUCAAUGGCAAGUUCAAUGACAACGCGUGGCACGACGUUAAGGUGACACGCAACCUGCGGCAGCACUCAGGCAUUGGACACGCUAUGGUAAACAAACUACAUUGUCUGGUGACAAUCUCUGUGGAUGGCAUCCUUACCACCACGGGCUACACACAGGAGGACUACACCAUGCUGGGCUCAGAUGACUUCUUUUACGUGGGAGGGAGCCCCAGUACUGCUGACUUACCUGGGUCUCCAGUAAGCAAUAACUUCAUGGGCUGCCUCAAAGAGGUUGUUUAUAAGAAUAAUGACAUUCGUCUGGAGCUGUCUCGCUUGGCACGGAUUGGUGAUACUAAGAUGAAGAUCUAUGGGGAAGUAAAAUUCGUAUGUGAAAAUGUGGCUACACUGGAUCCCAUCAGCUUUGAGACACCUGAGGCCUAUAUUAGUCUGCCUAAAUGGAAUACCAAAAGGAUGGGCUCCAUCUCAUUUGAUUUCCGAACCACCGAACCCAAUGGACUGAUCCUUUUCACCCACGGCAAGCCUCAGGAGAGGAAAGAUACCAGAAGCCAGAAAAAUACAAAGGUAGAUUUCUUUGCAGUUGAGCUUCUAGAUGGAAACCUCUACUUGCUGCUGGACAUGGGCUCUGGGACCAUUAAAGUCAAGGCCACCCAGAAGAAAGCCAAUGAUGGAGAAUGGUAUCAUGUGGAUAUUCAACGAGAUGGAAGAUCAGGUACUAUAUCAGUGAACAGCCGACGCACCCCAUUCACUGCCAGCGGGGAGAGUGAGAUCCUCGAUCUGGAAGGUGACAUGUACCUUGGUGGGCUGCCAGAGAACCGAGCAGGACUCAUCCUUCCCACAGAGCUCUGGACAGCAAUGCUGAACUAUGGCUACGUGGGCUGUAUCCGAGACUUGUUCAUUGACGGGCGGAGCAAGAACAUCCGGCAGCUGGCAGAGGCACAGAACGCCGCUGGAGUCAAGUCCUCCUGCUCCCGCCUCGGCACCAAGCAGUGUGACAGCUACCCCUGCAAGAACAAUGCAGUCUGCAAGGAUGGCUGGAACCGCUUCAUCUGCGACUGCACCGGCACUGGCUACUGGGGCAGAACCUGUGAGCGAGAGGCCUCCAUCUUGAGCUAUGAUGGCAGCAUGUACAUGAAGAUCAUCAUGCCCAUGGUUAUGCACACAGAGGCAGAAGACGUGUCCUUCCGUUUCAUGUCCCAGCGUGCCUACGGGCUGCUGAUGGCCACCACCUCCCGGGACUCUGCUGACACUCUGCGCCUGGAGCUGGAUGGGGGCCGGGUCAAGCUCAUGGUCAAUUUAGACUGUAUCAGGAUAAACUGUAACGCCAGCAAGGGACCUGAAACUCUUUAUGCUGGGCAGAAACUCAAUGACAACGAGUGGCACACUGUCCGGGUGGUUCGGCGAGGAAAGAGCCUCAAGCUGAUCGUGGAUGAUGAUGUUGCUGAGGGCACGAUGGUUGGCGAUCAUACCCGCUUGGAGUUCCACAACAUCGAGACAGGGAUCAUGACAGAGAAGCGGUACAUCUCCGUCAUCCCCUCCAGCUUCAUCGGCCACCUCCAGAGCCUCAUGUUCAACGGGAUGCUCUACAUUGACCUGUGCAAGAACGGGGACAUCGACUAUUGCGAGCUGAAGGCGCGCUUCGGUCUCCGCAACAUCAUUGCUGACCCUGUGACAUUCAAGACUAAGAGCAGCUACUUGAGCUUGGCCACCUUGCAGGCUUAUACAUCCAUGCACCUCUUCUUUCAGUUCAAGACCACCUCAGCUGAUGGUUUCAUUCUCUUUAACAGUGGUGAUGGCAAUGACUUUAUUGCAGUUGAACUAGUCAAGGGCUAUAUACACUACGUGUUUGACCUUGGAAAUGGGCCUAAUGUUAUCAAAGGCAACAGUGACCGUCCUCUGAAUGACAACCAAUGGCACAACGUCGUCAUCACCAGAGAUAACAGUAACACACACAGCUUGAAAGUGGACACCAAGGUGGUCACUCAGGUUAUCAACGGUGCCAAAAACCUGGAUCUUAAAGGUGAUCUCUACAUUGCUGGCCUAGCUCAAGGCAUGUAUAGCAACCUCCCGAAGCUUGUGGCCUCACGUGAUGGAUUUCAGGGCUGUCUGGCAUCUGUGGACUUGAACGGGCGUCUGCCUGACCUCAUCAACGAUGCUCUGCACCGCAGUGGGCAGAUUGAGCGUGGAUGUGAAGGACCGAGCACUACCUGCCAGGAAGAUUCCUGUGCGAAUCAGGGCAUCUGCAAUCAGCAAUGGGAAGGCUUCACCUGUGAUUGCUCCAUGACUUCAUAUUCUGGGAGCCAGUGUAAUGAUCCUGGUGCCACGUAUAUAUUUGGGAAGAGUGGAGGUCUCAUCCUGUACACCUGGCCAGCUAAUGACAGACCGAGCACGAGGACAGACCGUCUUGCCGUGGGCUUCAGCACAACAGUGAAGGAUGGCAUUCUUGUCCGGAUCGACAGUGCCCCUGGGCUUGGUGACUUUCUGCAGCUGCACAUAGAGCAAGGCAAGAUUGGUGUAGUCUUCAAUAUUGGCACAGUGGACAUCUCUAUUAAAGAGGAAAGCACACCUGUAAAUGAUGGCAAAUACCAUGUAGUACGCUUUACCAGGAACGGUGGCAAUGCAACACUUCAGGUUGACAGCUGGCCAGUGAAUGAACACUACCCCACAGGCAACACUGAUAGUGAACGGUUCCAAAUGGUAAAACAGAAAAUCCCCUUCAAAUAUAACCGGCCUGUAGAGGAGUGGCUGCAGGAAAAAGAUGAUGCUACACCGCAUCACCACUUGACUUCGAGACCUGCCACGACGACCAAAAUUGGACGACAGUUAACGAUCUUCAACACCCAGGCGCAAAUAGCCAUAGGAGGGAAGGACAGAGGGCGUCUCUUCCAAGGCCAGCUCUCCGGUCUCUAUUACAAUGGCCUGAAAGUGCUGAACAUGGCGGCAGAGAACAACCCCAACAUUAAAAUCAAUGGAAGUGUCCGACUCGUUGGGGAAGUCCCUUCCAUCUUGGGAACGACACCCACAACGUCGGUGCCGCCGGAAAUGUCGACUACGGUCAUGGAGACCACCACCACGAUGGCGACCACCACCACCCGAAAAAAUCGCUCACCGCCCAGCAUCCAGACAACAGAUGACAUCGUUUCUUCAGCUGAAUGUUCCAGUGAUGAUGAAGAUUUCAUUGACUGUGAACCCAGUACAGGAGGUGAAUUAGUUAUCCCUCUACUUGUAGAAGACCCUUUAGAUAUCCCUCCUAUUGCUACUCGUGCACCUUUCAUUACACUUCCCCCUACCUUUCGCCCCCUCCUCACCAUUAUUGAGACCACCAAAGAUUCCCUGUCCAUGACCUCUGAGGCGGGGUUACCUUGCUUGUCGGACCAAGGCAGCGAUGGUUGUGAUGAUGAUGGCUUGGUGAUAUCUGGGUAUGGCUCAGGGGAAACCUUUGACUCUAACCUACCCCCUACUGAUGAUGAAGAUUUUUACACCACCUUCUCCUUGGUAACAGAUAAGAGUCUUUCCACUUCCAUCUUCGAAGGUGGCUACAAAGCACACGCACCCAAGUGGGAAUCCAAGGACUUUAGACCUAACAAAGUCUCCGAAACUGGUAGGACUACUACCACGUCUUUGUCCCCUGAGCUGAUCCGCUCCACAGCUUCGUCCUCGACUGUGAUGGUUCCCAAAUUGCCAGCCGGCAAAAUGAAUAACCGUGAGCUCAAACCCCAGCCUGACAUAGUCUUGCUUCCGUUGCCCACUGCCUAUGAGCUAGACAGCACAAAGCUGAAGAGCCCGCUAAUCACUUCCCCCAUGUUCCGUAAUGUGCCCACAGCAAACCCCACGGAGCCGGGAAUCAGACGGGUUCCGGGGGCCUCAGAGGUGGUCCGUGAGUCGAGCAGCACAACGGGGAUGGUCGUCGGCAUUGUGGCUGCUGCCGCCCUCUGCAUCCUCAUCCUCCUGUACGCCAUGUACAAGUACAGGAACAGGGACGAGGGGUCCUAUCAGGUGGACGAGACGCGGAACUACAUCAGCAACUCAGCCCAGAGCAACGGCACGCUCGUGAAGGAGAAGCAGCAGAGCUCAAAGAGCGGCCACAAGAAGCAGAAAAACAAGGACAAAGAGUAUUAUGUGUAAAAAAGAAUAAUUAUUUAUAUAUAAAUAUAUAAAUACUUAAUGAGAUUUAACUGAGAUAUCAGAACCAUUGCAGCGAACGAGAUGAUUGGGAGAUAUCGUUUGUGGGAAAAAAGUAUUGGGAAAAAAUUUCAGCAGUGACUGUUAAUGUCUAAGUCAUCACUUGGAGUCAGCAAACUUUGCCCUAAUGUAUUAUAAAGCACACUAAGCGUUCUGGAGAUGGCGCGCACAGCUCUGCUCUGUUAGUGAACUUGGACAUCUCCAAAUCUCCUCCUCCGCUGAACUUUCUGCAAAGGUAGAAGACUUCAUGGCUUACUUGUUUCAUAUCUCCAAGUGAGUCUUUAACAAUGUUCGUGAUC